GAGGAGCUGUCGCAAAUUGCUGCGGGUGUCGCUGGGGGCAACCCUGUGCUGGAGGCUGCGGAAGCCAAGAGCAGAAGUGGCAGAACUUUGAGACGGCCCCGCGUUUUCAAUUUGUCCGAUGACGACGGCGACGACAACAACAAAACAUCUGAUGCAGUUUUUACAGUAGGGUCCAUCGACUUUGCCAAAGCAAAAGGCACGCAAACCUGGUCAGCAGCAGCCGGAUGAUGUGCCUUGUCCCUUGUGUGCAGACUACUUCAGCCAAUCUGCCAUAGAGGACCAUGCAUCAGCAUGCAUGGGAAAGUGAAGCUUGGACGAGGAUCAGCACGAAUUUCCCGAGCUUUCUUGGAACUUUUGAAAAUCAUCACCGAAAUUCGUUUGUUUUCUAUAUUCGACGUCGCCAUGUCAUGUUCCAUUGUUGUGAUCUUCCAUUCCCAGUCGGAGCUUUAAGAAAUUGAAUGUUUUGAAAUUUGAAUUUCAAAUUAUAUACCUUUUUGUGCAUAGCCUUUGCGUCCCAUG